GAAUGAGAGCCUUUUAUGGUCUUCUCGAGGACAUAAGCAGUAAACGUAACUUUCUACUGUACAUGCUGCCCAUUUAAAACUCAAACUUCCACAUUUCUUAGCACUGUAACACAGCUCUCGCGAGACUCGUCUGUGUUGUAGAACAGCUGACUGUGCGCAUGGCUGAGACGGACCCCAAGUCGGUGCAGGACCUUACUAACGUGGUCCAGACACUGCUGCAACAGAUGCAGGACAAGUUCCAGACCAUGUCAGACCAGAUCAUCGGGAGGAUUGAUGAGAUGAGCACACGAAUUGAUGACUUGGAGAAGAACAUCGCCGACCUGAUGACUCAGGCUGGUGUUGAAGAGAUUGAGGCACCACCGGAAAAGGCUAAAGAGGGUCAAGGUUCAUAAUGACGGUUCCUAAGUAACAGUGUGAAGUCAGUCCUACAUUCAGGAGCAGCAGACUUUUCCAUUCUGAAAAUGACAUAUUGAUUUGGUGUGUAGUAGUGUAAAAUGCUUUUUUAUAUAUUGAAUAUUGUGAUAAACGGUUACAGUUAUGUAAUGACAUGAAAAGUUAUUUGUAAGCUAGAAUAGUGUGAUAUGCCCUUCACAAAUUAAAAAUGCUCACGUGCAGGAAUGCAACUUAUGGAUUUUGUGCGCCAGCCUGGAGGUUAUUUCGCUGCCAUCAUCUGUUGUAAUUAAUUAAAUCCCAUGAGGUGAUGGCUGAUGGGGAAAGUUUUGAAGCCUGUGCUGUGUGCCUGUGAUAAGUACAACUCGCAGGCUAACAGGCCGGUUGAACCUCCACCCCCACUGAUGUGAAAUGACCACAGUGAACAUCUGAAGCCUGAAGCAUUUUACAAACCGCACUGUUAUUUACCAAGGUGUGGGGGAUGCAUUCCAAUUCUGACUGAUUUUCUUCUAUUAAAGCUAUUUAAGAACAA